CUGAACAAAGUCAAAGAUGUCUUAUUUUUGAAAAAUUCUAAGGUGAUCGGCUAAAGGAUAUGGCACGUAAAAUGAUUGGUCACAUCAAGUCAUUUUAGCAAAGUUUAAGUCUAGCAGCGUGUGGAUUAAGGCAUGGAAAUGUGUCACAAGCAAACACGACAAACAAAAAGAUAAGAACAUCUAGAGGAGUGCAGCAGAUGUUCUGACGAUUGAUUUUCAAAUAAAGCAAGCAGCAGCAGCAGCAGCAGCAAGUGAACCGAGUUGAUCAUGGUUUUACCAAGACACUUGCAAAAUCAAGGAACAAUUAAUCGGAUUAAUUAACUAGAAAUUCAAAUGGAAAAAUUUGUAAACAUUUUCACUCGACAAAAUUAAGCCAAUUGGCUAACGAAAUGGACAAAUUUGCCAAAUGCCUGUGGAAAUUCAAAAUUCAGGAGCCACAAACAUAUGCAUAUAAUAAAAAGUAAAUGAAAAACAGAAAAACCUUGCGACUAAAAAAAACAAAGGAAAUUCAGAAAAACUUGGUACUUUAUGGUAGCUUCUCGGAACGGCCGACCCAAUGAAGGUUUCGGCCGGCCCGGCAGCGGCAAUCCAUUGGAAGUCAGAGGCAGCAGAAGAUUAAAGGCAUUACGCGUGCUUUAAUGGUCAUGUGCGAAAUUCCAAGCGUGAAGAAAGGAUCAUAAACUCUGCAUGCACCUCCAAAGUUGUUUUUAGUUGUGAUGGGAACACGGAUGGUUAAUUUACGUGUUUUUAUGUUAAGACGAGGAAACGUGUCACAAGCAAACACGACAAACAAAAAGGAAAGAACAUCUAGAAGAGUGCAGCAGAUGUUCUGACGCUUGAUUUUCAAAUAAAGCAAGCAGCAGCAGCAGCAAGUGAACGGAGUUGAUCAUGUCUUUACCAAAGCACUUGCAAAAUCAAGUAACAAUUAAUCAGAUUAAUUAACUAGAAAUUCAAAUGGAAAAAUUUGUAAACAUUUUCAUUCGACAAAAUUAGCCAAUUGGCUAACGAAAUUGACAAAUUUGCCAAAUGCCCAUGGAAAUUCAAAAUUCAAGAACCACGUGUUUCUGAAUAUAUGGUGUGUGGUGUGAAUGAACGAAUCAAUGGUGGCUGCAUCGGGUGUGUUUCUGAAUGUAUGGUCCUCCUGCUGCUGCUGUUUAUUUGUGCCUUGGACAAAGGGAAACACUCCACGAAAAAAUAACAGAUCAUCAUGCAACUCAAAACCAUGACGUUUCAUUAUAUGCUCCUGCUGCUGUCCGCAUUGCCACUGAUCAAAACGACGUCAAUAUCUCCAGGAAAACAAGCAAAAUCACUCAUCAAAUGGAAGGACGACUUGUCUUCAUCAUCAUGGCCACCUUCGCUACUCAAUUCAUGGUCCCUCACCAACCUCAACAGCCUCUGCAACUGGACUGCCAUUGCCUGCACCAAAGCCAACAGAGUCUCCAAAAUAGACCUCUCCAAUAUGCAAAUUACUGGAACACUCGCUCUCUUCGAUUUUUCUCUAUUUCCAAAUCUCACCCACUUGAACCUGAGUGGCAACUAUUUCCGAGGGCCUAUACCAUCUGCCAUUGGAAAUCUCUCCAAGCUCACAACUUUGGACUUUGGCAACACAUUUUAUGACGAGACUCGGAACCAAUUCUCUGGCCCAAUUCCGGACAAUAUAGGUUUGAUUUCUGGUCUUCAAUAUAUUGACCUGAGUGUUAAUUUUCUGCAAGGGAAAAUUCCACCCUCUUUAGGCAAACUCAGGGAGCUCCAGUUCCUUGAUCUUUCAUUCAACUCCUUAAACUCUUCAAUUCCUUCUGAGCUUGGUCUUUGUACAAACCUCACCCACUUGUCGCUGUCUUCCAAUAAACUCAACGGGGAACUGCCUCUGUCCUUGUCCAAUCUGAAAAGCCUCGUUGAAUUGGGUUUAGCUAAUAAUCAAUUUAUUGGUCAAAACCUUCCUUCUCUGGUCUCCAAUUGGACGGAAUUGGUCUUUUUGUACCUUCAGAACAAUGGCUUCAGCGGAACCAUUUCAGCAGAAACUGGGCAGUUGAGACAAUUGCAAUAUCUGAGGCUUUAUUCCAAUGAAUUCAGUGGAGAGAUUCCUCAAAGUCUAGGCAAAUUGACUCAACUUCAGGUACUCUCUCUCUCCGAUAACCACUUGACAGGAGAGAUUCCUCAGAGUCUAGGCAAAUUGACUCUGCUUCAGCAACUGCAUUUGUCCUAUAACCAAUUGACAGGAGAGAUUCCUGAGAGUCUAGGCAAAUUGACUCAACUUCAGGGACUCUCUCUCCCCAAUAACCACUUGACAGGAGAGAUUCCUCAGAGUCUAGGCAAUUUGACUCAGCUUCAGCUACUCUAUUUGUCCGAUAACCACUUGACAGGAGAGAUUCCUCAGAGUCUAGGCAAUUUCUCUCGCCUCCGUGAACUCGAUUUGUCCGCUAACAACUUCACAGGAGUGAUCCCACGUAUUUCAGGCUUAACAGGUUUGGUCUACAUGGAUCUCAGCAGCAAUUCACUAUCGGGUGCAAUACCAUCAGGAUUGCGCAUGCUCACAAGAUUAGAGGUUUUCAAUGCCUCACGCAAUCAUCUCUCAGGCGAAAUCCCAUCCGCAUUAGCUGACAUGUCAAAUCUAAGUAGAUAUGACUUUUCGUAUAACAACUUGACAGGGCCAUUACCAACCCGUGGCAUUUUCGAAAAGGCGCCAACAAGUGCUUUUGUUGGUAACUAUGGCUUGUGGAGUCAUGCAAAUGGACGAACUGAAUUUAAGUCUUCCAGUACACAUUCCAAAAGGGCUAACAAGAAUAAAGUAUCCAUUAUCCUUUAUUCCUUUUGCGGUUUCGCAACUGUUGCAAUUGCCAUUUUUUUCUUUCUUAUGUUUCGCAAGAAGUCCACGAUCCGGCCUCAGGUAAUCAAAACUUCUCAAAACUUUGAGAGUUUUGAAGCAAUGAUAUUGCAAGAGGAAGUAAAAUUUACGUUUGCAGAAGUUGUGAAGGCUAUAGAUGGCUUUCAUGAGAAAUACUGCAUUGGCGAAGGAGGUUUUGGAAAGGUUUACAAGGCAGAGCUCCAAUCAGGCCAAGUUGUUGCAGUUAAGAGGCUUAACAUGGACGACUCCAAUGAUGUUCCAGCAAUCAAUCUUCAAAGUUUUCAAAAUGAAAUCCAAACUUUGACAACAAUCCGGCAUCGAAACAUCAUAAGGCUAUACGGCUUCUCUACAAGGAAGGGUUGCAUAUUCUUACUUUAUGAAUACUUAGAGAAAGGCAGCCUCGGAAAAGCAUUGUAUGGGGUAGAAGGGGUUAUUGAACUUGGGUGGCCAACAAGGGUAAAAAUUGUGCAAGGACUUGCUCGUGCACUUUCUUACCUGCACCAUGACUGCUCACCACCAAUUGUGCAUCGUGAUGUAACUGUCAAUAAUGUAUUGCUCGACGAGGACUUCGAGCCCCAACUCUCAGAUUUUGGAACAUCAAGACUGUUGAGUAUUGAUUCAUCCAACUGGACCAACAUUGUUGGUUCGCUAGGAUACAUGGCCCCAGAGCUUGCAUAUUUUAUGCAGGUGACAGACAAAUGUGAUGUUUAUAGCUUCGGAGUGGUGGCACUAGAAGUCAUGAUGGGAAGGCACCCCGGGGAUAUGCUAGAGUCUCAACUAUUAAAAUCAUCAUCGUCAAUGAAUGAAAAUGCAGAGUUGCUUCUGAAAGAUGUGUUAGACCAACGACUAGAGGCCCCAGCCAAUGAAUUGGCAAAGGCAGUGGUGCUUGUAAUGAGUAUAGCAUUGGCUUGUAUACAGACUCAUCCUAGGUUGCGUCCGACAAUGCAUUUUGUGUCACAGAAUCUAUCAGCUCAGAGUCUUCCUUGCCUUCCUGAGCCAUUUGGUAUGCUUACCAUCAACAAGCUAUCGGCCCUUCAAAACUAGAAGAAAAUAGAGAACAUGUCACAUUAGAAUUCUUGCUACGAGCAGUCUAUCAAAUAAGUAGUGCAAUUUUAUUUUUUUUUUUAUUUUUUUCUCAAUGUUUACAACAAAUUUCAUAAACAUUUAAUUGAUAUCUGCACCACCUUGAUUACUACAGAGUGUUGCAAAUUGUGUUUAGCACUGUGGAAUUCGUACUUGCAUAAAUAACUGUUACACACAAGUGUUCUGUCGAGAUGCUUUCUUUUUUGGUUUGACUUUCCUAUUGGUCGUAAUUGAUAUUGUGAUUGUAAUUCUCUCUCUAUCAACCAUUUACAUAGCUGUAGUUAGUGAUGCAGUGCAUAAGGAAUUUAUUCAACGGGGCUUUUGGUAUUUUGGUGUUUGGUCAUUCCGUUAAUUAUUAAUUUGAGAUUCAUGUAUCUUAGGCUGUGAUUUAAUAUUUGUAGUAAUUUUGAUGCAUUGUAAGUUGUGUUUUAAAUUAAGUGGCUAGGUGGAUCAAUUGUCAU